GCUGUGUUAUAUACACUUAAUCAUAAUUUUGCAUACAAUUAAAACAUAAUUAUGGCAAAACGUUUACGUCAAUGUAUAGGAGAUCCAAAGGGGUCAACUUUUCUUUAGUGAAUUUGAAUGUGGAUGACAUUGUACCCUGAAAUGUUAUCUGAAAUUUCUUGACCUCAUUUGUAACUGUAGUCACAUUUCAAAGGUUUUAUUAUUACUAAACACCUAGAAGCCAAAAGUCCCUCAUUAAUACUUGUUUCGGAUAGUUUUCAACCUUUCUUCCCCCCUCCCAGAAAGUUUUAGAUGUCUCCUUAUUUAACACAUCUGAUUUAACUCAUCAGCUUGUUAGGGAGACAUGUUUACAAUUUUUGAAGUAGGCUGAUAAGUUGAAUCAGGUGUUUUAAAUAAGGAGACUAAAACUUUCUGUCAGUGGGGCCUCAAGGACCAGGAUUGGGAAGCACUGAUCUAGGCUAUUUGUAAAGAUUUGUUGGUUUAACUUAAAAAAGUAAGUAUUCAUUUGAACCAACAAAUCUUUUUUUUACAGUACAUAACAUUAAAAGUCCUCAUAGACUAAUAAAUCUAAAAGUAUUUUAGUUAUAAAAUUGCAGUAACGUAAUUUGUAAUCUUUUUUUAUUAUUAUAAUUCUUGUUUCAAUCCAGUGUUGCAAGUAAAUUUUUAUGUGUAAAUUUACAGCAGAUUAUAACUUUGGCUGCCCAAUUGUAUCUGGGUCGUUUCAUGGGUGGGUAUUGUAAAAUACGGUAAGUAUGGUUUCAAAUGUUUCAAUAUUCGUUUCAGGUGAAGAGGUUAUUUAGGUGAGUUAUUUGAUCCCAUUUCAGAUGAAUACAUAUUUGAUUUCAGAAUAAGUGCAAGAUUACUCGUAAAAAGUCAUAAUUUGCAAUUAACCUAUUUGUAUCUUAUGACAGCGCCUCCUUACAAUUGGGCGCUCAAUAUUGUAUUUAUGCAUCAUAUGUUUUACCAACCUGUUCAUCCUGAGGUAACAAAAAUCCAUUGGUCAAAGCAGUGAGAAGAAAUGUCAAAUAUAAUCCCAACGUUUGUGCAUGCAUUGUGCAACACACUUGAAACCAUUAUAUUUAAAAUACACUUUAUCUGGAAACUUAAAAUGUACUUAAAUACUUAAAAAUACUGAUAACUAUUUUAUUUAAAGGGGCCAUGGCACAAGACUUUUUUAAGAUGUCAAAUAAAUCUUUAGUGUCCCCAGAGCACCUAUGUUAAGUUUUAGUUAAAAAAUCCCAUAUAAAUAAUUUAUUAUAACAUGUUAAAAUUGCCACUUUGUAGGUGUGAGCAAAAAUGUGCUGUUUUGGAUGUGUCCUUUAAAAUGAAAAUGAGCUGAUGAAAUUCAAACACUGAUCACAAUGAUGGUGGUUUGUUGCAAUUAAAACUCAAUUGUGCUUUUCUCUGCACUAAAUGGCAGUGCUGUGAUUGGAUAGUGCAGAUUAAGGGGUGGUAUUAUCAUAAUAAGAUCCCAUCUUAACAUUAUAAGGGGAGAAAAUUUCAACGACCUAUUUUUCUCAUGUGCUUGUAGACAAUGGUUUACCAAAACUAAGUUGAUCUUUUUCACAUUUUCUAGGUUGAUAGAAGCACUGGGGACCCAAUCACAGCACUAAAACAUGGAAAAAGUCAGAUUUUCAUGCCAUGGCCCCUUUAAAUUAGCUUUUUCUAAAAAAUAAAGGUGCUACACGAGGCCAAUGAAGAACCAUUUUUGACUGUAUAAGGUUCCAUAAAGAACAUUCUUUUAAGAACCUUAAUGGUUCUUUGGGGAACUAAAAAUGUUUUUUCUAUAUGGCAUUGCUGCGAAAAAACCCAUUCUAGCUUUUUUAUUUUUAAUGGUGUACAUGUAGUGGCGCAGGGCCCCAGUCCCCAUACACCCAGCAGUGUAAAGAUGCAUUUAGUGCUCUCCCCUUGUUAAAGGGGCCAGGGCAGCGUUCCCGGGUGUCCCCCCGACGACGGACCUGUGUAGUGGAUCAGCGAGCAUUUAUGAUCGAGCUAAACGUGGAGCCGAGAGGCCACGUUUACAAUAGCAGAGACACACUCACUAUCAUCCCUGAUGGACCGAUAGAGAAAACAGAGCCUUUAGUCACUUCAGCCUUCGUUGAAAACAUAAUUCCAGCCUUCAGUCCCACACAGAGCUCAGACAUUAUUGAGCGAUGACAGAGGCAGAUGUAGCCACGAGAAGACGAGUGGGAAAUUGUUGAAGCUGCUCAUGUUUCUGGCUCCAUCAAAAAGAUUUGUUCAGCUCUUUGAGAUUUUGAUGGAUUUUCCCAUGUUGUCCAGGACAGCUCUUUUUGUUAAAGACUUCUGAUAAUGGCUUAUUGUUUUGGCUGCAGUAGGGGCCCGUGGUGCAGGCGGCCCCAUGGAGAUGCCAGGUUGCCCAUUCAAUCACCGGCAGCGGGUGGAAACGCAUGGAGCGCACCUCACUCGCUUUCAUCAGGAGACUGAGGUGUUGAAAUGGAGUGGCUAUGUGUUCCUCUUCUGCUCAUCAGUGGAAUUCCUUCAGCUUUCACACAAUUCAAUGGAUUCAACUGUGAUCCGAACCACCACAGCAGAUUUCCCAGUGACAGAGAUAUCAGUGUAUACUGUGGUGUUCAAACCAUCACGCUAAAGAUUAACCUUUGCCCCGUGCUGUACUCCGGAUACACUGAUGCUGACCUGGCACUGAAUGGUAACCAUGGAGACAUCCAUUGCAGGGGUUUCAUCAACAACAACACCUUCCCUACAGCGAUGCUCUUCAGCAUCACCCUGAGCACAUUGGAGUCCUGCGGGAACACACUGGAGGUUUCCACAGCUCAGGGCUACAGUGCUUAUGGAAACAUCUCAAUGGUGCAGAUGGGGAAUAUUUCGGGCUACAUUGACACCCCAGACCCUCCAACUGUCAUCAGUUACUUGCCAGGUCUGCUGUAUAAAUUCAGUUGUAGUUAUCCGCUGGAGUAUCUGCUCAACAACAGCCAGCUGGCAUCCUCAUCUGCUGCUAUAUCAGUGAAGGACAACAAUGGUACUUUCCUGAGCACUCUUAGUUUAAUUCUUUACAAUGACUCAACCUUCAGUCAUCUAAUCUCAAUACCAAUGAAUGGCCUGUCCCUAAAGACCCGAGUAUUUGCUGCUGUUAAAGCUACAAAUCUGGACAGAAGGUGGAACGUUCUGAUGGAUCACUGUUACGCCACUCCCUCAGGGAACCCUAAUGAUGAAAUACGCUAUGACCUUUUCUUUGGGUGUUACAAAGAUCCACAGACAACAGUUUUUGAGAACGGAAGGAGUCAAAUGGGCCGCUUUGCAUUCGAAGCCUUCCGUUUUGUGAAACACAAAAACCAAAAGAUGUCCACUGUGUUCCUGCACUGUAUUACAAAGCUGUGUCGGGCAGAUGACUGUGCGAUGCUAAUGCCGAUCUGUGGAAAGCGCAGGAAGCGAGACACUUUAGAGAAUCACGUAGUGUCAGGUUCAGCCUCCGGGGACGCAGUAAUAACCGCAGGGCCUAUAAUCACCAGAAGCGAUGAAACACCAAGCAACAAUUCACAACUCGUGAACAGUUCAGCCCAUCAGUGGAACACUGUAACCAGCGGCUUGAUGUCGGGUGUGGUUGUUUUAGGGGUGAUGAGUUUGGGUCUCUUCGUCCUCUCCCUCAGGCUGCUCAGGAAACCCAGCCCUUCUAGUCUGACAGGAGUCUUUAACUCCGGCUUCAGAUGAUCUUCAUUUGUUUUAUUUUGAUUUCAUUUUGUUUUUAAAAUUUUAAUAAAAAUACAAUUUUGACAGGA